AAAAAACAAUAACAGUAACAAUAUUCUGAAAUCAUUAAAAAGUCAAUGAGCGCGCCAAUUGUUUACACAUUUCCAAACACACAGGAACUUUCAAUAUCUCUUGCUGAUUUGGUGGUGAAAUUAUGCAAAGAGUCAAUUGAAAUACGUGAUAGGUUUACCGUAGGAAUUUCAGGUGGUUCUCUACCUAAACUUUUGGCUGCGGAUUUAAAAAAUCGCCAGGGUAUCGAAUGGGAAAAGUGGGAAGUAUUUUUCUGUGAUGAAAGACUUGUUCCAUUAGAUCAUGAGGAUUCCAAUUAUUCUUUAUGUAAAAAAGAAUUCUUUGAUCAUGUCUCAAUCCCUGAAGAUCAAAUUUACACCAUAAAUCCUUCAUUACUUCAAGAAGAAGAUGAGGAGGAAAUAGUAGAUGAUUAUGAAAAAAAACUUAUUUCUGUGUUUGCUACCGUAAAUUCCGUUAAAUUUCCCGUAUUCGAUUUACUUUUAUUAGGAGUUGGGCCUGAUGGGCACACUUGUUCUCUUUUCCCGGAUCAUCCUUUGUUAGAUGAGAAUAUUGGAUGGGUUGCUUAUAUUGGUGAUUCUCCUAAACCACCACCAAGAAGAAUUACUUUUACUUUACCGGUAGUUAAUCAUGCUCAUAAUAUAGCUUUUGUGGCUACUGGUGAAGGUAAACAAGAUGUGUUGAAAGAGAUAAUUGAAAAUUCUGAGAGCAAAUUACCUUCUGCCUUGGUCAAACCGGUUACUGGAAAAUUGUAUUGGUUCUUGGAUGAUGCUGCCGCUACUAAACUAACUUUAUCAAAAUAGCAAGUGAUGAUUAAGGGAGGCAAAUUAUGAAAAAUAUUUUUUGAUUAUAAAUCGAUUUAUUUACAUUAUAUUAAUAAUGGUAUAUUAAAGAAUUAUUUGUUUAUAUUUAUUUCAUUUUUAUUAAUGUACAGUAUAUUAUUAUUCAUAAUCAUAUAUUCAAUAAAUACAUAUCAAAUUAUA